GCUGCCGGGAUGCUGUUGCCCUGGGCGGGUGGUGCUGCAGGCCGGGCUCUGCCGCCGCUGGCCUCCCUGUCGCAGGUGCUGCGACUGGAGCGGAACCGCCGCACCGCCAUCAUAUUCCCGCUGCAGAAGCUGGAGCGGUACCUGGCUCCCAGCACCGACACGGCGCGGUUCCGCCUCUUCCAGCCCGGGCUGGCCGCCCUGCAGCGCGCCGAGGCGCUCUUCAGGUCCGACCUCGGGCACCCUAUCGACUACGUGAGCUCCGCCGUGCGCAUGGACCAUGCCCCGCCGCUGACCCUGCCCGAGGUGUGCUUCAGCGGCAGAAGCAAUGUGGGGAAAUCAUCUUUAAUCCGGGCCUUGUUUUCACUGGCUCCAGAAGUGGAAGUUAGAGUGUCAAAAACUCCGGGCCACACCAGGAAGAUUAAUUUCUUCAAAGUAGGGAAGUACUUUACUCUGGUGGAUAUGCCAGGAUAUGGCUAUCGUGCCCCGCAGGACUUCGUUGAGAUGGUGGAGGCCUAUCUGCAGGAACGGCGCAAUUUGAAGAGGUCUUUCCUCAUAGUUGAUGGUGUAGUUGGACUCCAGAAAACAGAUCACAUUGCAAUAGAGAUGCUGGAAGAGUUUGGGAUUCCUUAUGUGAUGGUGUUAACGAAAAUUGACCGAGCUUCCAGGGGAGUAUUAUUAAAGAAUGUACUGGAGAUCCAAGAGUUUGUAAAGGAUAGCACUAGGGGAUGCUUUCCUCAGCUGUUCUUGGUCAGUUCUCUGGAGUUCUCAGGGGUUCACUUGCUCAGGUGUUUUGUAGCCCAUGUUACUGGAAACCUGCCCACUGUUGAGGCCAGCUGAAAAGACCUGCUAAUGUGCUUGGCUCAUGAGGAACAAAAGUAGGUGCAGCAGGAUAGCAUGCCUCGCUUGCAGACUUGAGUUGUUCCUGUUCCCCAAGGAUGAAGGGAAGAGCACAUCUUUAAAGGGAUCUGCUUUUCUGUCAGUGUUGGCUUGAAACAGAGUGGAAUAAAAGACUGACAUCUAGAGGAACCCUGUCCUGCAUACUGUCACAAGUCAGUGCUACAUCUACCUUCUGUUUUUUUGAGAUCCAGCAUGAAUUUCUGCAGCUCCAGUUGGAUGCAUUGCCAGAUCUGAGCCACAUCAUCCAUGAUCUGUAUCAGUUCUACCCUGGCAGCUGAAUCACAACACUGAUGUGUCCUGUACUCCUUAGGGGAACUGCAUCCCACAGCCGCUGUGUUUGUCUAAGACCACCUGAAACUGUCCAGUUACAAGGCAGAGCUAUACAACAGGACAGCCAUCAAUAGCAGCACUCAUACACGAGAACUUUUUCUGAAGGAAGCUGUGAAAUGCCUGUGUCAAACCCUGACAUUCAAUCUUGGUCAUGUCUUGGCCAAAUGUGGUUACACAGUUGUCAAAGUUACUUGCAUUGAAUGUUUAAACCUCAAGAAAGGAAAGUGUUUUUUCAACCACUCUGACAGUGCAAAAGGACUAGAAAUACUACUUUCUUGCACUGUGCAAUUUCUUGUAACCCACUAGACAUGAGACAAGAUCUGUUUUCAGCAUACAUGUAAAGAAGAGGAGAAUGUGAAGACUGCAGUAAAUGUGGCUCUCUAGCUUCUGCAUCUUAGUAAUCAAACCUGUAAUUCUGUUAAUAUUUUAUCUCUAAUCACCGAGUGCUGCAGGGCAAAACAGUCCAAGGGAUGCAUGAUCCUAGAAAUGCAGUAGCAGCUAUACAAAUGGAACAGGUGAAAGUGAACACUUCAGGAAGGGUCUUUUUGUAGUAUCUUAAAACCGGGAUCUUCCAAAAGCAUUAAUCUCAUCAAGGCUGUAAUUUUCAGGGCCUCAGCCUUGACUAAAGAGUCUCUGAAAAUAACCCUGAAUAUGUAAAAAAGUGCAGUUGUGAUUUUAGUCCCUCUUCAGAACAAAGCACCUUACAGUUCUGGGAAAUCUUUUACUAACCACUUAAAUACAUUAAAUCCGUCCAGUUAAAUAAUUUGUAUAAGCAAACUGGAUGUGUGUGCAUGGAACAUUAGGUAUCAUCUUCUCCUUCAGAAGCAGCUUUACCUCUGAACACAUCUUGGUUUUAUUCAGAAGUGCUUCAAAUACUGGAAGAACUCCUGCCUUUUGCUCAGCCAUUUGCAGGAGAGAACACUACAGUUUGAUUCUUGAGUGUGACGGUGCCCCUGUGACAAAACAGUAAAUAAAAUCAAGUCUCUCCCUAAACAGUAAAGCUUAUAUUUAUAGGCUUUGGGUAAGCAGGUGUCUUGACACACUACUGGACUUCUUUUUGCCAGGUUCUUAAAGAACUGAGUUGCAGAGUGAGGAGCUUCACUUUCUUAGUCCAGAAGCACAAAAGAUCUCCCUUUCUUUCACCCUCAUUGAUGAGUGGUGGGUGGGCCUGGCAGCAUACUGAUACAGAAGAGCUCAUUUCAGUUUUAAAUUCAAAUGUCUUUAAUUAUUUGCAGUUGUGCUGGUUGUAUCUUGAAGGCACCUGGGGGGAGGGCAUACUAGGAAGUUUUUCUCUAUGAGAACUUCCUCUGUGAAUUGAUGAGACCAGUUGGAGGCUGGUUUAGUUGUUGACACCCUGCAAAACCAAUUGGAGAAGUCAGUUUGCUCCGUGAAUCACAUUUGAAGCAAGUAAACCCCGGGAAAACUCUCUUGCAUUUCUGGCCUUUCACAAGGUAACAAUGACCUGGCCCGGACCCUCUCAUGUGGCCCGGGCCAGGCAGGGAUGGGCUUGGAAGGCUGUUGGACCUUGUUUCUAACCAGGAGCCCUGAUAACCAAAAAAAAGAAAAGCCCAUUGCUAAGGUCCUAGCCCCUCCCCAGGUGUGGCCAUGGCUUGGCAGGGCCCUGUCCUGCGCUGCUGCCAGCUCGGAGCAGCUGUGAGGUGGCCAAGCCUACCCAGCCUCUCACAUGGCCUUGGGGGAGGCAGCUGGGCCCCGGUUUGGAGGAGCCCCCCAUGCCUUUGCUUGCUGGGCAAGGCAGAGGGAGAACCCCCGACCUGCAGCUGGAGCUGGGUGCGGUUGGCACCAGAGGGCAGCUAUGGAGCCAGAGGCUUGUCACCGAUUUCUCUGACUGGACUUUGCAGUUUUCGUCCGGCCGCCCCAGCGUGGCCUGGGUGACCUGAGAUCCUAACACAACACCAGCAUGGCCUGGCCCAACCCCUGCAACUUCUGUGUGAAAUUUUAACUUUUCCAAUGCUCAAAUACGACUUACAGACUUUCCAUCCUUCCUUGGGUGUGAGGAAGAACAGAAAGGAUACACCAAAGUCAAUGAAGCAAAAGCUAAGUUUCUAGAUGGAAGGGGAAUGAGGAGAUGCCAUGAAGGUUGGCUGAAAAAUAUUUUUGUAAGUUAUAGGGGUGGACACUAAAAAAUUCCUUUAAACCAUGGAGAAAGGCAUGGGGGGGUGGGGUAAGGUGUAAAGUGUUUGGAAGAUCCUUUGCCCCGAGAGAAAAAGGGGGAUCUCUGUUCCUGGGAAUGAAGUAUGAACAGAGAGACCUAAAGAAAACUUUUGCCUUUGAGUAGCUUAUCCUUAAAAGUAAUACCCCAUGACUUUAACACGGCCCACAACCCACCUCUGGGAAGGCUGUGAAGUGGGAGGAGUUUCAUGAUGGCAGAUCCCUGGCAGCUGUUAUUCGUGAAAAAAGUGGAGUCAGGAGAGAACUGGUUAUUUCCUCUCUUGAAAAAGAUCCUUAUAGCUAAACAAGAAGAAACUCAUCUCCCUAAAGGGAACUGAAAAAGAUUAUUUAAGUGAGGAAUUGACUGAAGUGUCUCUGUAUGUUGUUAAGAUACAAAAAAAGAGGAAGAAGGGAGUGGUCUGAAGAUCUGCUCUGAAUUUAUUAUUAUUUUUCUUUGUGUUAUUAAUAAAGUUUUUUCCUUAUC